AGGACAGCGCUACAUGGGGGACGCAGGCGACAGCGACUGGUACCAGCGCUCCUACACCCCGCAGGGACUAAAUCCGCACUCUGGAGAAAUCUUUAGGGCUUGACGGCGUUCAGCUCGUGGGAAUUGACUCGAUAAAAUAACCGAGCCGAGCAUGAACACAACGCAUUUGAGUGUCUCCUCCUCUGAGCAUGGACUGACCACAUCCCUCUCUGGAUGAUUUGAUGGGGCUGCUCAGAGUCAUGAUGCCGCCCAAGUUGCAGCUGCUGGCGCUGCUGGCGUUCGCACUGGCCAUGUUCUUCCUGGAAAAUCAGAUCCAGAAGCUGGAGGAGUCCCGGGGAAAGCUUGAACGGGCCAUCGCCAGACACGAGGUACGAGAGAUCGAGCAGCGGCACACGCAGGACGGCCUGCGAGAACGGGACUCGUCAUCGUCGGCGCUGUCCGAGAGAGAAGACGACGUGGUCAUCAUCUACAACCGCGUGCCCAAGACGGCCAGCACCUCCUUCACCAACAUCGCCUACGACCUGUGCGGGAAGAACCACUACCACGUCCUGCACAUCAACACCACCAAGAACAACCCAGUCAUGUCCAUACAGGACCAGGUUCGGUUUAUAAAGAACGUGACUGAAUGGAGGGAAAUGAAGCCAGCUUUCUACCACGGACAUGUCUCCUUCCUGGACUUCACCAAGUUUGGGAUAAAGAAGAAACCCAUCUACAUCAACGUGAUCCGGGACCCCAUUGAAAGGCUGGUGUCCUAUUAUUACUUUUUGCGUUUCGGGGACGACUACAGGCCCGGCUUGAGACGCAGGAAACAAGGAGACAAGAAGACAUUUGAUGAAUGUGUAUCAGCCGGCGGCUCAGACUGCGCCCCUGAGAAGCUCUGGCUCCAGAUUCCCUUUUUCUGUGGUCAUUACUCUGAAUGCUGGAACGUGGGCAGCCAGUGGGCUCUGGAGCAGGCUAAAUACAACCUGGUGAACGAGUACUUGCUGGUCGGAGUAACAGAAGAGCUGGAAGACUUUGUCAUGAUGCUGGAGGCCGCGCUGCCACGCUUCUUCAAAGGAGCCACCGAGCUGUACAAAACAGGGAAGAAAUCCCACCUGAGGAAGACCAGCGAGAAGAAGCCGCCCACUAAGGAGUCGAUUGCUAAGCUGCAGCAGUCGGCCAUCUGGAAGAUGGAAAACGAGUUCUAUGAGUUUGCACUGGAGCAGUUCCAGUUCGUCAGAGCUCAUGCUGUCCGAGAAAAGGAUGGAGAACUCUACCUGCUGGCACAAAAUUUCUUCUACGAGAAGAUUUACCCCAAAAACUAGUGAGACACAUGUCCACAGACGGGUUUGAAGUGUUUCAGCGAAGGUGACUUUGUACAGGCUCAUACGUCCAGUCUGAGACGAGAAGGAGAAGCAGAGUGAGAGUAACGGACUACUGCAGACUGUGUGGCCAGUUUGUACUGGUGACUGACAAACAUAACGUGGAGUUGCAGAGCGAUCCGCCCCUUGACGCAGCGAUCAGGCUGGUGACAGUUCUGUUACUCACAUCCGUGCCUGCCAGCUGGACGUAGCACCCGUGUUUCGUCCUCAGUAGCGUCAAACAGGUUGUGUUCCCAGCAGCUCCAUCCGCUUUCACUUUCAUGUCAAAGGUUAUCCGUGCAGAGGGCCUCUGCCGGCACGUGGCCGGAGACGGCCAGGGCUAACAGCCGAUUGGCUCUGCCGUCACCCGACACAGAUAAAACAUUUUCAUUGGCUAUGUACUGUUUGGUUGUGUUUAGUUGUAUUUUAACUCUUUACUAUCGUUGUCUUUUGUAUGUAAAGACAUUUUCAUGGUGAAACGACAUCCACACGCCUCACCACUAUUACUAACUUAAAGAGAUUUUAAGUGUAAGAAACUGACUACUGUGCUGUAUUAUUGGACUUGAAUGAGAACAUUUGAGGUUUUUAUGAAAUUAAAAUCCUGUGACCAUGGACUAUUUACUGGGGCAAGUGCGUAUGUUUUAUACUGUACUUGGUGUGUUUUCGUUUGAUGAAUCUAGUAAAUGAUGUGCAGCUUUGCCCAGAGGCUUUUUCCUUUGUAGCGAAGGAGCCGUUUACACAUGAUCUUAUUAUAGUGUGUAAGAACACAAUGGCAAAGAUGUUGCUGCUGUAAAUACACAGAAACUACUUUUUUCAGUCCAUUUCAUUGCGGUUAAUCUGUUUCUACUCUUCUAUAGUAACGCCCAUUUAAAGCAACACAAUGUGCAUUUUAUCAGUUUGUACAUUUCUUUCAACUCUUUAAAUUCACUGUUUAGUCUACAAUUUCUGGUAUAAUUUAUUUAAUUGCAGAUCAAUAUUGGCGUCCACUAAUAUGUCACUCUGCUGCUUAAAUCUUUUCUUUGCAGUUGUCUGCAUAAAAGUCGCUGUUGAAAUAGUUAAUUUGAAUGUGUAGUUUUCACCACUUUUGUUUUGAUUUUAUUUCAAUUUUAAUGGACUUUCAUUGGCCUGUUUGAAGUCUAAUCUCCUUGAUAAAUUGCUAACUGACACAUCUGCAGUCGGAAAGGUUUAAAGAAAAAUUGUACAAGUGUCAAAGGAAAAGAAGACACCUGGAUGAGUUGCUCAGGAUUUCUAUACUGAAUGCACCAUCAUAUCAUAACUCCUGAAGUACUUAAAUAUACAGAUGAAGGAUUUUUUUUUUUUUUGCAGGGUUUUUUUUCUUUUUGUUUUUUUGUGUGCCUUCUCUGCACCCAGUUCUUCUUGUGUUGCAGCUUUGUCAGAUGGAAAAGUAAAACAACAUGUCUGUCUCCUGUUUUCAUCUUUUGAUUGCCAAAAAAUAUACUGAACAUUUUGAAAAAACGA